AUGACAUGUUCAUCCGAAUCAGCAUCAUUGCUCGGCCUCCAGCAUCACUCUCUCGCUGCUAGCUACAUGCCACUAACUCCCGACGCAACCAGGGCUAGUGCAGAUGGUCUUAGUGACAGCGUUCCAACUCGAGCGUGCCAGUCAUGUCGACUGUCCAAAGUACGGUGCAAUCAACCGAGCCCCGGUAUGCCGUGUGCUAGGUGCCAAAAAUCAGGAAAGAUAUGCAUACCGGCAGAGCAGAGCGUGAAACGACAGAAACAGUCCAACAGUCGCAUGGCCGAGCUUGAAUCACGGAUAGACGCUCUGGCAACUUCGAUCAUGCAGUCUUACAGCCUUCGAGAGCGCUCAGAUUCACACACCAAUCCUAGCCCCACGGCUUCCAGCUCCCCACAGGCGGAUGUUACGAGCCGUACAUCUCAGAAACUCCUACCUUCAGCCCUCCCCAGCCCUUCCAAUCGAGAUGUAAACCAAGGGAUGAGGGGCUCUCCUUUGUCGAUGGGCCCAUUGGCUGACCAACCGUCUCCAUCAUCCAACUAUUUCGAAAGUGCUGGGAAUGACACUAUACCACCGUCAUUUAUAGACUCUGUCAUCUCCCAGAACCUGGAUGAAAUCACGGCAAAUAAUAUCUUCAAUAGAUACAUCUCCGGGAUGGCCCCAAAUCUCCCCUUUGUGAUGUUCCCAGCCGAUACCAAGGCAUCUGACAUCCGAAAGUCGACACCUAUCGUGUUUCUUUCAAUUCUCGACAUUGCAUCUGCUGGAUUUUGCGAGGUAGCCGUUCAGAGGAAUAUACGCAAACUGAUAGUGCAGUUAUAUCUUCAUUACAUGCUUCGGACCAACGAAUACUCUCUCCCUCUGCUUCAGGCCUUGAUUAUAUCCGCAGCGUGGUACCAGCCGAUUGAACCGAUUCAGCCUGGGGAACAGAUGGAUGUCUACCAGCUCAGCCAUACGGCUUCAAACAUGGCCAUUAUCAUGGGCCUUGAUAAAAGGCUGGGGGCAAGGUCGUGGGGUGGCCCGUCAUUUGUUCCGAAGCAACGGUUAAAAGGGCCUCACAGUGCUAUUCAGGAGAAAAGUCUUGCUGCUAGACGAGUCUGGCUUGGUUGCCACUACAUCUGUUCAAACACGUCUAUGGCUCUACAUGCACCAAAUGUGAUGCGUUGGACACGCUACAUGGAUGAGUGCUUAGAGACUCUUGAGAAUUCCCCGGCGGCAUUCCCUUCCGAUAAGCUCUUCUGUCAACACAUUAGAUUACAGCAUAUUAUCGAGGAAUUUGAACUCCAGCUGGAUUGGGAUAAUGUAUCGGUUGCCGGCCCUACGCGCGAGAUUCAGGCUCAGGUCACUCAUAGAGCAUUCAAGAGGCAGCUUUUAGAUUGGGCAAACGCGGUGCCUAAGGAUUGCUGGAAUGAGACACUUCACUUUUCUCGACUAUUUGCAACACUGUAUAUCAACGAUGUUGUCUUGAACUCCACCUCUCGACAAGUUCAAAAUCAAGACCUAGAAAUUCAGUCGGGCGGUGAACAAUCUCAUAAAUUCGUAAUUGACGAGCCAACCUUUUUCGAAUUUCUGGAAACAGUGAACAGUAUCUUCCAGAUAGUGUUUUCCCUCGACAUGGCUGCAAUCCGUGCUCUACCGACAGUAUACUUUAUCCGGAUUAUCUACGUUGUUAUAAUCCUCGUUAAACUUCAUUUCGCCGCAAUGCAGCUUCCUGGGGACGAUGGCAAAACCCAUACUGCCGAGCUUAAAGUCGGAGAACGCCUUGACGACUUGAUUCAAAUGUUUGCCGGCUGGGGAACUCUAUGGCCAGCGAACAGAUUGACGAGGGUUCUACGAAAACUCCAGUCCUGGUUUGAAAAGAACAGCAACUGCAAGAUGACAGUACAUGAGCUUUCAUGGCUAAAUUCUUGGGUCUUUAAAAGAGGGGACGACACAGGCCCAGAGAAGGGAGGCCCACAACCAGCCUCAUCUAUACCAACUCCAUUCGGCGACUCAAUACCCCCAGAAGCGCUGUCACAAGUUACAUCCCCACCAGCACCUUCACAAGCACCCUCUCAAUCCACUGCUGACUGGACGCUUCCGGAUGAUGUAAUGAACACAUCCACUCUACAAGAUCUCCCCAACCCAUCUCCAUUUUCUAAUAAUACUUUCGAUAAUAUACCACUUUCGGGUCAGCCUAAUGGAGCUUUCGAUUUCUCUGAGCCCCUGAGCUCAAUGGACCUUGACCAGAUAUUCCCUGGGGCCAUAGGGGAGCUUGAUAUGAACUUUAAUGUGAACACCUAUUUGGAAGCACUAGGGUCCGAGGACUUUACCGAUGGCAAGCUUGGCUUUGGUUCUCCUCAGGUGCAAUUGAACACUGACAUGUCGGGUUCAGACUGGUCAACUCUUCUCGACGGCGACACACAAUUUGAUGCCGACGGGGUAAUGAAAGGGCUAGAGUAUGAUAAGAAGAAUGCAGGAGAUACUUAG